CUGCGAUUUGAGAAUGGAACAUGAUGAAAUCUCCCCCUGGACAAAUCAAAUUGAGUCUGUCAAGCUCACCAGGUGGGAUUCGCUGUAGCUAAUAGACGGAGCCGAGCAAACAGAGUCCUGUGCUCAGUUUAAAGGCAAAGAGAGCCCACCACCGUCCAGGCUUUUCAAGAAUCCUCUUAAUAUGGCUAAGAAAAACUCUUUGCAGUUACAUCAGCUAAUAUCCUUGUUCAUUUUUGCUGUCGGGAUAAACAUCUGCAUUGGAUUCACAGCCAAUCGGUUGCGACGUUCUGGGGAUGGCGAAGACACCUUGUUCUCAGUCUUAUCAGAUUCCCCCUGGGUCAGCUCUGCUGGAUCCUGCAGAAACAGAUGCUUUGAACUUCAAGAGGCUGAGCCUCCAGGAUGCCGUUGUGACAACUUGUGCAAGAGCUACACCAGUUGUUGUGCUGACUUUGAUGAACUAUGUUUAAAGACAGCUGGAGGCUGGGAAUGUACAAAAGAGCGCUGCGGCGAGACAAGGAAUGAGGAUUACGCUUGCCAGUGCUCUGAAGACUGCCUGGCCAGGGGAGACUGCUGCACCAACUUCCAAGUGGUUUGCAAAGGAGGAACUCACUGGGUUCAAGAUGAUUGUGAGGAAAUACGGUCUCCCGAAUGCCCAGCAGGUUUCCAUCGCCCUCCUUUGAUCAUCUUCUCUGUCGAUGGCUUCCGAGCAUCCUAUAUGAAGAAAGGUGACAAAGUGAUGCGCAACAUUGAAAAACUAAGAUCCUGUGGAACCCAUGCUCCCUAUAUGAGACCCGUCUAUCCUACAAAGACUUUCCCGAACUUGUACACUCUGGCAACGGGCCUUUACCCUGAAUCUCAUGGAAUCAUUGGCAAUUCCAUGUAUGACCCUGUAUUUGAUGCAACCUUUAGUCUCCGGGGCCGAGAGAAAUUCAACCACAGAUGGUGGGGAGGACAACCAUUGUGGAUUACUGCGGCCAAGCAAGGGGUGAAAGCUGGUACAUUCUUUUGGUCUACUAUGAUUCCCCAUGAGCGCAGAAUAUUAACUAUACUGCAAUGGCUUACCCUUCAAGACAAUGAAAGGCCUUAUGCAUAUGCUUUCUACUCUGAACAACCAGAUAUCGCUGGCCACAGAUAUGGUCCUUUUAACUCAGAGAUGUCACAUCCGCUAAGAGACAUUGACAAGAUACUGGGCCAGCUAAUGGAUGGACUGAAGCAGCUGAACCUACACAGAUGUGUCAACAUUAUCUUUGUGGGUGACCAUGGGAUGGAAGAUGCCACUUGUGAAAGAACCGAAUAUUUGAGCAACUAUCAACUUAAUGUGGAUGACAUAUAUUUAGUACCUGGAACUCUUGGGCGCAUUCGUGCCAAAGCUAAUAGUAAUGUCAGAUUUGACCCAAAAGUUGUUGUCGCCAAUCUCACAUGCAAGAGACCAGAUCAGCAUUUUAAGCCCUAUCUGAAGCAACAUCUUCCCAAGCGGUUGCAUUACGCGAAUAACCGAAGAAUCGAGGAUGUCCACUUGUUAGUGGAUAGAAAAUGGCACGUGGCCAAGAGACCUGGAGACGUCUUUAAGAAAAUAACAGGAAAGUGCCUUUUCCAAGGAGAUCAUGGAUAUGACAACAAGAUUAAUAGCAUGCAGACUGUCUUUGUAGGCUAUGGGCCUUCCUUUAAAUACAAAACAAAAGUCCCUCCAUUUGAAAAUAUAGAACUUUACAAUGUUAUGUGUGACCUUCUUGGAUUAAAGGCUGCCCCUAACAAUGGGACCCAUGGAAGUUUAAAUCAUCUCCUUCGGAGCAAUACUUUUAAACCAACCAUGCCCGAUGAAGUUGCUCGGCCCCUCUAUCCUGUAGCUACAACACCUUCAUCUGACUAUGACUUGGGAUGUACAUGUGACGACAAGAAUAAGUUGGAUGAACUCAAUAGGCGUCUUCAUACGAAAGGGACGGAAGGUCCCAUCAUUCCCAGCAUAACCAUUUUGGUGGUCAAAGGGGACCGCCCACUCCCUUUUGCACCAGGAUUCAACCCACUAUGUGUAUCAGAUAAACACCUCCUUUAUGGCCGCCCAGCUGUUCUUUAUCGUACAAAAUACAGCAUCUUGCAUCACCAUGACUUUGAAAGUGGCUACAGUGAAACAUUCCUGAUGCCUCUUUGGACAUCUUAUACCAUUUCAAAACAGGCAGAAGUAUCUGGUGUCCCAGAGCAGCUGGUGAACUGCGUACGACCAGACUUGCGCAUUUCUCCGAGCAAUAGCCAAAGCUGUACACCUUACAGAGUGGACAGGCAGAUGUCCUAUGGGUUCCUUUUUCCUCCCCUACGCCCCUGUCAUAACAUACUGGUUGAAAUGUUUAGUGAAAACGGAGAAGACAGAAAAAUAGCCAUGUCGUGGUUUGUCUCAGUCAAAUUGGUGUUUCGGUUUCAGAGUUCUGAAGAAGACACUCGGUGGGUGGAAGAGCUCCUGAAGAUGCACACGGCUCGCGUACGCGACAUCGAGCUGCUAACUGGCAUGGACUUUUUCCGGAAGACCAACCGAAACUACUCAGAAAUGCUUUCUUUAAAGACGUACCUGCAUACGUUCGAAAGUGAAAUCUAACUUCCCUUUCCAGUUUGACGCAUCCUCUCAUCAAGUGGUGUAUAUUUUUAUAUUAUAUUUAUUAAUUUGAAACAGGACAUUAAAAAUUAUUAGUGUGUCUUAAUCUCGCAUCCAAUCUUAAAACGUUUAAAGUCUCGUGUCGGUUGUUUUCUCUUUUGAUUCCUUUAGUGGAGGGUGUGUCUUUGGGUCUGAUUUAAUAAGCAGAACUCUCUGUCUUUUCGUUUUGUUUUGUUUGUAGUGCUGACGCUUGAGUCUUUUGGUUGAAGCUUUCAGAUGGUGCUGCGGCAUUGGCACUUGUGUUGCAAAAACAUUAAUUCUGUUUUCCCCCCAGCACUCCCUUGUCUGGUUUUUAGUCCUGAACUGUGUAUCAAACAUGUAAAAUGACAAUUACUAUUAAUUAUACGAUAGACAUAUUUAAGCUCCAUAGAGAAUAGAAAUCUAAAUAUAAUAAAGCCACACAUUCAGUUUUU